GAGAUUCAUGUAUUAGUACACUUACACCUACAUACAGUGUGUUCAUUAAUUUUGUUUGUUUUUAUUGAAGACUCAAAAGGAAGGCCAUUAUGAUUUAAGAAAACAUCCAUUAAAGAAUGACAAUGAAACAAUGCAGACAAUUCUUGAUGAUGCCAGGCAGAAUGACAAUGAAACCAUGCAGACAAAUCUUGAUGAUGCCAGGCAGAAUGACAAUGAAACCAUGCAGACAAUUCUUGAUGAUGCCAGGCAGAAUGACAAUGAAACCAUGCAGAAAAUUCUUGAUGAUGCCAGGCAGAAUGACAAUGAAACCAUGCAGACAAUUCUUGAUGAUGCCAGGCAGAAUGACAAUGAUGAUGCAACUUGUUCUUCUGAAAUUAAUACAGAUUUCAUCUCAAGAAAUGUAAACAGCAUUGUGAAAACUGUUAGAGACAUUAUGAACUGCAACUUAACCAAAUGUGAUAAGGUUGAACAUAAGCGGCAUCAUCAAUUCAUGAACAACCCUGAAAAGGUUUACAGGGACAAUUUUGUAAAAUAUUGUUUUGGAGCCAAUUAUAUUCAACCCGAGGAAUUAGAAUACCUUCAACAUUUUCUUUAUGAAAUGAUGUGCACCAGCAAAUUUUUACCAGGAUCUAUUUUCUCCCGUUACUCCACAUUUGUUGACUGCAAAAAUGAACUACUCGAGCAAAUCUUUAUUGCUUAUCCUUUAAUGGGACAUCAGUACUUACAAUUUGUUGUUCUGAAAGAGGCCAUGAUACACUUAGUUUGCAUAAGCACUGGACUCACUUAUGAAGAGGCAAAUGAAAGAUGCACUAAAACAGAAAUGUAUGUAGCUGAAUUUAGACGUGGCACUAACUGAAAUUCAAGGAAGUUAUGGAUAUUUUUUUCGAUUUUGAGGGGAUGUUAUUUUCCAGAGAAUAUCUUAUAAAACAGUCAACAGAUUUGAUUCAAACUUUGUAUAUAUAGUAUGUGUAUAACUAAGUUGUGCACCUGUAAUUUUUAUUGAAAUAAUUUAACAUUAAAGGAAGUUAUGGAUAUUUAUGCCCCCAAGAUCGAAGAUCGGGGGGCAUAUUGUUUUUGUCCGGUCUGUCAUUCUGUAAUUCUGUCUGAAACUUUAACCUUGCUAAUAACUUUUGAACAGUAAGUAAUAAAGCUUUGAUAUUUCACAUGAGUAUUCCUUGUAACAAGACCUUUCAGUAGGUACCAACAUUUUCUACCCUAUAACC